AUGGAGUCACCCCAGAGACAGCGAGUGCCAAGGAUCUGCAAAGAAAAGCCAAAGGACCUUAAAGUGAAGCCGAUGUCUCAUGGCCAUCCUGGAGCUGGGCUCCAGUUGUGCUUCCUGCCUUUGGUUUUGUCAGAGUGGAUGCUCUCGGGGGGUGUGGACGGCUGUGACCGGCAGUGCCCUCAGCUCCCCGCGCAAAUAGAGCUGGUGACAAGAUCCCGUGGCUACAUCCGCCAAGGACCCAUUCGGCUGCAAUCGUGGUGGUUACACCGAACGGCGGCCUCCGGCUGGGCGCGCGCCUCCGUGGUCCUUCUCUGUGUCUCUGAUCUGCUGCUUCUCGUGCUGCUGCCCGUGGACGUCUCACAGACAGACCCGGGCAAGCCCGAGGGCAAACUGAAAAUGACAAAGAAAGGCAAGACGCUGAUGAUGUUUGUCACUGUACCCAGAAACCCCGCUGAGAAGGAGACGGAGGACACCACAAGCCUCUGGCAGGGCAGUCUUUUCAACGCCAACUACGACGUCCGAAGGUUCAUCGUGGGAUCGGACCGGGCCAUCUUCAUGCUGCGUGACGGGAGCUACGCCUGGGAGAUCAAGGACGUUUUGGUCAGUCGAGACAGGUGUGCCAAUGUCACACUGGAGGGACAGGUAUACCCCGGGAAAGCAGGCGGAAGCAAAGAGCAAAAUAAAACCAAGCAAGAGAAGGGCAAAAAGAAGAAGGAUGGCAACCGAGCUGGGAGUCAAAGACAAGAGCUGUAG